AUGCCAUCGUACUUAUCAAACAUACCCCAUCAUCUCCCCCACAUAACACUCACAAACUUCAUCUGGUUCCUCGUUGUGCUGAACAUCAUUCUGUUCAUAUACAUCCAAAUAUCAAGCCAUCGGUCUCGACAAAAAACUACUAAAGUUACCAACCUCAGAGGCAGCGAAAGUUUCAUGGGCCACUGGUGCGGCGGUAUGAAUUCCUUUUUCGCCUGGAAGAGAGUUGUGGAGAUAGGGUAUAGGGAUACACCGCAGUUUGGUGCACAGAAGAAGAAGACCGAGAUAUAG